UCCCUCCCUAAGUGCCGCCACCUCCCUCUUCAUAAACAAGCUCUCUUCCCUUCCUCUCUCUCUUUCUAAUGGAAAACAGAUUCAAGAUGAGAAUCUCUCGCAUGUUUCGUGGUUCCUUUGGCUCGUGUCGGACCCGAAACUCAUCGGACGUGGUAGAAGAAGCUGUUUUUGUCCCUCAAAAGCACAAGGAACACUUCCAUUUCCAUGUUAUGGAGCCUUUGCCUUUGCCUCCUAAGCCUCUACCUUUUAAUUCCAUUUGCAGACCCAAAUGCCCCGAAACAACAGCCAAAGCCAUCACCAACUCUAUCUUCCCCCGGAAAAAAAUAUCGAGACGAUUUCCUCCUUUUAUAUCGGCAAAUUAUAAUACUAAUGGAAACAAUUGUCCCCCUGCGUCGCCUGCUUCUCCAUUCCACAGAGGACUUGGUUUCAGAGCGAAAAGGAAUAGUUCGAGAUCAGUGAAAAACAAGAAAAAGAAAAAGAACAACCCCCAUUUGAAGAGCAACAGAAGGGACAUGAGUCUGUUUAGCUCAUCUUCGCAAGAUAGUGCAUAUUUUGAAGGCAGCUAUUGGUUUAGCAGCGAGGAAGAUGAGGACGAGAGAGAAGGAGAAUCAGAUACGCUUUUUUCUUCAAGAAGUCUCUCCUCAGAUUCAUCAGGAUCUCACUGCCACCGUUCUCGCCGCAAGAAGUUCAGUUCUCGCCGGAGAAGGGUUGCCUCUAAAAGUUCUCAAAUGGGUGUUUUCCCCUUGCAUGGCAAAAUGAAGGAAAGCUUUGCAGUGGUGAAGAGUUCUAGUGAUCCAUACAAUGAUUUCAGGACAUCAAUGGUGGAGAUGAUCGUUGAAAAGAAGAUGUUUGCAGCUAAGGAUCUUGAGCAGCUAUUGCAGUGUUUCCUCUCCUUGAACUCUUACCAUCAUCAUAGGAUUAUUAUGGAAGUCUUCACAGAGAUUUGUGAGGCCUUGUUCUCUAACUGGUCUUAAAAAAUGAAGAAAACUGUACUGUAGUGCACUUUGCAUUCUGUUAUCUUGUAGUUUAGAGUUCUAAUUAACUAUGAUUAACAGUCUGUUAAUGGAUAUUUCUCUGCAUACGUUCUGCUUU